UAGACAGAAGCAGAGACAGAUAUUGAAAGACAUAGACACAGAGAGACAGCAACAGACACACAGACACAUACAGACACACAGACCGAUACAGAAAGAGAGAUAAAAGACUAAUCAUGAAGUACUCUUCCUCCAACAUAAAGGCUUUAAUGAUGGCGUGUUUGCUGGGUGUGUGUGUGUUGGUGCCUGGCUCCCAUGGGGCUCCGGGGGCGAAGGGAGUGAAGAGGAGGUUCAAGAAGGACGUGUGCCUACGCCUCAACACCAGCCUUCCCGAUACCCCCCACAUACGGGCCGUCAGCAACAGCUCUGUCUCGCCCUGGGAAUGGAGUUUCUCCCACGAUGAGAACCGCAUCCCGUCUCACAUAGCGGAGGCGCGCUGCAUGUACACAGGCUGCCUGACGCAGGACAUGGAGGAGAACCUGGAGCUCCUGUCCAAGCCCAUCCACCACCAGAUCCUGGUGCUCAGGAAGGUUCCUGACGAGAAGGAAGGCUACGCUCUGAAGCUGGAGUACAAGACCAUUGCGGUGGGCUGCACCUGUGUCAAACCCCAUGUUCUUAGCCACAACCUCUAGACACCACUAUGUGCACAACUGUAGAAAGUGAAAGUACUGCUAUACAUUUUUUUGUUUCUGGUCUCUCAAAAUCUUGGUGAUUUAGGCAGCCCUGGCCUAAUGGUCAGGGAGUUCAUUUUGGAGUUUGUAGGUUGCUGGCC